AUGCCUAAUAAGAUAUGGGAAAGAGUGAAGUUGCCAAGAAAUUAUGAGAAGGCACUUGAAAUCAUUGACAAGCAUCUGCUUGAUGACCAGAACUUGGUUGUGGGGAAGGCAGUCAUUUAUGAAACAAUUAUAAUGUUUUCUUUCUUCCUAAAGAUUCUUCUAUUCCUUUCCAACCAAACUAGUCAACAAGUCAUUGGUGGUGUGCAUGUGUAUCUGCAGAACAAGAAAAGUAAGAAGGAUUGUAUUUGGUUUGGAGAUGUUGUCCAUCAAAAGUCACCUAGUAAGGUGGAGUUAAUUGUUAUUGACUCUUCUUCAGAUGAAAAAGAACAUGAAGAUAAAACAAAUGCUAAGAAGAUGAAGACUGAAGUUGGGGAUAUAGCAAAUAUUUUCAAAUAUUGGCAUCAAAGAUCUUGA